CUCCAGGCUCCCCUCCGCCACCUCGGUCACCUCUGAAGCGCCCUCGGCUCUCCCCUGGAAGGGAGCAGGGGCCUCAUCCUCCCCAAGCGCACCCUUUUGGGAGGCUUGGAGAACAGGAGGGCAAGGGGUGGGAAGGGGCAUCCGGGGCAGAGACCUAAGCCUGGAGAAGCCACUGCCCUCCCUCCAUGCCCAUCCGCCUCCCCACAAAGAAGCCCCACUGCAACGCUGGUCCUUGCCACCCUGGACAUGAUGGGGUCUCCACCCCAGAGCAGGCUGGCUGGACACCCUGCAGCGCGGUUCCCCUGACCCUGUGUUCCAUUGGCCACCUCUAGGAGGCGCUGCGUGCCCUCAGUCUCUCGCCGUGAGAGCAGUGGCUCCCAGAGCUGGCCCCUGCCGCUUCCCACCCCCCACCUGAACCAUCCGCCGGUGCCCCAUCCUCAGCAAUGCAACCAUCCGCUUAGCUCUGCUACCCGUGACAUGCGCAGGGGAUGGGGGCUCGCCAGUGGCAGAAAAGACCCCCUCCCCAGAAGACAGGAUCAGGAGUCCCUGCUUUCCUCUUUCCCAGGCUAUGACCACCUCUUGGUCCUUGGUUAUAACCCGCCUCUUUCGCAGCCCUCGCUUCUCCCACUCAUCUCCUUGGCCCCCGUGUCUUGCCCUCAGCCCUCUCCUCCCCGUGGUGCCCCCGUGUCCCACGCCGCGCCCCCGCCCCUGCCCCUCAGAGCUUUAAUCCCUCCUGCUGCUGUGCCGCCUUAUCUGCUCCCAGCAGCUUUCGCUGCUGCAAAGCCCUCUCCCCCUCCUUCUCUGGAUCUUCUCCCUCCUUCCCUGGCUCUCUCUAGUCUCUGACGGGCCCCCCUACUAGCCUGUCUCUGCCUCUCAGGCCCCCAUGAUGGCUCCGGGCUGACACCAAAUCUGCACCCCAAUGCCCCUUGCCCUCUCCAGCCUCUGUUCUGAGGUUGCCGGCUGCCCACCCACUCCCACACUCGCCCUUUCCCACCCCAAACCCUCUCCCACAGACCCCACAGACUUGGUCAGUUUCUGUCCAGCCAAGAUUUUUCAUCUUCCUUCCCUGCCCUCCCUUUCCUGGGCCCCUCCCCAGUCUUACAGCUGCCCCUCGAUCUUGGACCGGGUCCCCUUCAGUCCCAGUGACCCACUGCCUGGGCAUCCCCAAAAGGGGAUGGGGAAGUGUUGAUACUGGCCACAGGAGAGGGGUCAAGGCAAGGCCGGGUGGGGGGUGCAGAGUGCUGGCGGGCAGUCGGGGUAGGGUCUGGCAGUGGGUCGCUAACCCUCUCCAGCCGCCUCAGAUCACGUCUGGGCCUCCCCACCCCCCUUCUCUGGGACUCUCAUUAACCGCUUCUCCUGCCUCGUCCGCGGCAUAAAUAACCCAGAUAAAUCAGCCGCCGUCCGCCCCCCGCCCCUCGGCCCCCGCACAGCCCGUUUGUCACCGCUGCUCGCUCACCAGCCAGGCCUGGCCCAGUCCCGGCCUCCACCCCCCCCAUCCUUGUCCCUUCCCGCCCACAUCUGUCCCACACUGGCUCAUCCCGUGGUCUGCACCAGUGCCAGGCCUGGGAUAGGUGUCUAGGCUGGGGAGGGUUGCAAGGUGUCCUCUGGGAGCAGGGAGAGGCUGGGGACUCUCUAGGAGAAUGCUGUCUAGGAGUUUAGGGGGCACAUUAUUUAUGAAUUGGGCCACCCAGGCAGGGAGUCUGGGGCCCACGAAUGAUGGGAAGGGGCAAAUGUGGCCCCGCAUGGGGUCUCUUGCUGGGAAGAGACCACACCAACAGCCUGGGGGCAGAAAGGGCCUUGGAGGCCCCCUGGGAACCCCCAAACUGGAUCCCGGGAGGUCUCCGGGUCUGCCUGUGGGCAUUUUGCCCAAAUUAAUCCUCCACACCCCCUGGUCCCCCUCACCCUGUGCCCCCUAGUCCCAGGCCCUGCCUUGGCAGGCUGUACAGAUGCCACUCUCUCUCUCUCAGUUCAUCCACCAUUCCCUUUCUCGCUCUCAGAAAGCCUAGUUCAUCUCUGGGGGGUGGGGGUAGCUGGAGAAUUGGACUGGGAACAAAUCCGGGGAACAGGGAUGAGUGGAGUACAGAGGACACCUGGCUAAGGCUUCACAGCCUGACCCUGCAGCCCCCUCGCCCCACGUCCCACACCCACACUCCCAACUCAGAGACCCUGACAGCCUCACCCCCAGCUCUGGUCUUGGCGGGCCACACUUGGCCCUGAUGCUCACUGCAGGGGGCAGCUGGUCCCCUGGGAGUGGGUGGGCAAAGCGGGGAAGGGAUGGGAGAGCUUGGGCGAAGGGCUGGGGCUGGGGGUGGGGAAGAAGCUGGGCCGGGCCCCAGGGACCAGCUGGGCAAUGAGCCGGGGAAGCAGCCGGGAGGCUAAAUGAGGGAGAUUAUCACCCAACUGCAGCCGGGCAGAGAGGGAGGCAGGCAGGGAAGCGGGGAGAGGGAGGGGAGAAGGACGGGGGCCAGAGGGAAAGGGGGUGUAGGGAGACAGAGGAGACUGGCAGAGCAGGGGGAAAGGCCACGCGAUGGGCUGAAAGGAUGUGGGGGUACUGCUACUGAGCAUCACCCAAUUCCUGGGGGUCUGGGAAACUGGAAGAUGGGGACUGGGGACAAUUGGAGACAGCUGGCCGUGGGGCACUGGUGGGGGCGGUGUGCAGCUAACUGCUGUUCCACUUCCCAGUGGACUGGAACUCGCCUCUCUACCCUCCUCCCCCUCCUCCUCCCAUACUGGGGUACCACCCAACUUCAUUCCUUCUGGAGGUUGAAGGCUUCCUGCCAUGCCCUCAGGAGGAAAGAAGGUGUGCUUUGGCCUCAUGAUGGAGGCUAGUACGUUGGCGGAGUAUAACCCCAUGAUCUCAAUGGAUGGCAGGGCAAUUUACGGACACGCACUGAGUCCAGGGUGGCCAGGAAAGCUUUUGGGGGCAGCUCCCCGCUUUCUUGGCAGAGCCCCAGACUGAAGUAACCUUAAAAAAGCAAUUAAAUCACCUUUUAGAAAAAUACCUAGUAAAAAAAAUCGAUACUAGGAGAAAGGGGAAGAGAGAGGCUGGGGGAGGACGAGGAAGUGGGGGAGGAAGGCUGGAAGAGUCUGGAAGUCUAGCAGGGAGGGAAGAGCAUGGGAGGAGCCUGCCUGGGCAGGGACCAGAGAGAGGGGCACCGCCUGUGGUCACUUGGAGACUCUGAGGGCUAAUUCAGCAGCUGCUUCCAGUGCAGACCCCACUAUCCCCUCUGGGAGGCUGUCCGAUACAGCCCCUCACCCCAGGAGUCUUAUCUUCCCAGCUUGGGGAGCUGGCUUGUGGGGAAGCCCAGCCAGCCGAGGGGGUCCCUGAGGAAUCUACUUUGAUGAGAGUCUGGGGACAGCACCAGCAGGGUGCCACGCAUGGCCAGGGGUAUGUGUGUGGGGGCUCCAUGCUGGGGUGAUCUGUGACUGAUGGGGGCAUGACCUGGGUUCACAGCCAAGGGUGGGCAGAGUGGCUCCCUGCCCCCGAUGGCAGCCAUCCCUGGGCCCCUCCUCCUGGGCCAGGCAGGGGCUGCGACCUGAGGGGCAGGUCUGACGCAGGGGAGGGGUGGCCGCUGGGCAGCGGGUGGACCUCGGGCUCUAAUCCCCAGCAGCUGCCGUUUCCCUCAGAUCGAUUCCCUCCUCACUUUUUUUUUCAGCUGCUGGUUUCGCGGCUCGGAUCGAUGGAGCCGCCUCCCCCGCCCCUCUGAGCUUCCUCUCCCUGCUGCUCAUUAGCGCCCCGAUUAAUCAGCCCCCCCUUCCCGCCUUGGGACAAGUGCUUCCUUCCCCGUGAGGGCUCAGCCUCUCACACGGCCCCCCCAGAGCACAGUCUGCUCAGUGUGACCGCCCCCACCCUGGGGGCACCGAGGCAGCUCCUCCUGGCCUGCCAACAGGGGAGAGUGGCUGUCUGUGGUAACAGCUCACAUGCAGGCUUCCCCUCCGCAAGACAGCAGCCGUCCCAGGGCUCCCCUGCCCCACUCUGCCGGGGGUCCCCAGCCCUCCCUCCCAGUCAAGCCCAGCACAGCUCAACUCCCUCUGACAUCCCCAUUUGGGCUCUUCCUCACCCUCCAUUCCACACCCUCCCCCACAUCAUUACCUCCUCUCUGCUCCCUGGCCUGCUCACCCAACACCCUCUCCCCACCCCCAGCCUGGCAGUGGCAAGGGAUUGGGGGAAGCAAAGUGGCCACAGAUGUGCAAGUCAGCCAGGGUGCCCUGUGUCUCAGACACAUGAGUGACUGAGUUUGGGGGUGAGGGCACAGUGGUGGAGGGGGCGGCCAGCAUCCCAGAGUAGGCAGGGGUAUGGUGGGUGUUGAAGUCGGAGUAAAGCUCCAGGGAAGCCGAGAAUCUCGGUGGACUCACUGUCAUCCUCUUGUCUGUCUUGCCUGCCCUCCCCUCCCUCAUUCAAACAAGUGGCUCUCCCAAGGAGUUUCUGGAAGCUGCUGUGAGUGGGGUGGUGGGGUCAGGUGGUGGCUGGGUACUGGAGUCAGGAGUCAGGGAGGCCAGGAGGUGGGGAGGUGGAGUUGGCUGCCCCUUCCUGGGGUGUGGUCCAGAAAAGUGGCAGAAUGGGCUCAGGAGUCUGAUGCAGCACCCUGGGUGGCCCAGGAGUGGGGCCACCUGGGGACCCUAUGAGUGGCUAGGGUAUAGCCAGAGUUUGGGGGACAGCCCGACGAGGUCUCAGGCAGAGACCAGGGAUCCCUGUCCUGGGCUGGGGGCUGCCCCCUCCCCUGGCCUGGCUCCUGUCGCCCGUGCCGCCGUUGAAACGCUGUUGACAUGUCCUGAAUUAUUAAGCACGGGGUGGGCUCCGGAGCACAUGCUGCGCGGAGCGGCUGGGGCUGCGCGGCGUGGCGGAGCAGUGCUCGCUCCCUCGCUCACUCGCUCGCUCGCAGGGACACACGCAGGGGCUGACAGCUGUGCUGGUGCUGAUAAGGGAAGCCACAAGGAGACGAUCGAGGAGAGAGACAAGCGGCAGCAGAGGCAGCAGCGGCAGAGGCAGCACCAGGGCUGCGGGGCUGCUGGGAGUGGGAGUGACUCCCCCACCUCAGGCCCCCACCCUGUCCCUGUCCUCCUCCCGCUUGCCCUGAGUUUAGAAGAGCAGCCGCUGCCACCACCGCCACUCCGGAGGGCACCAGGGGCUGCUGGCCAGGGAGGGAGGGGCAGGGAGGCUCUGGCCAGUCCCAGCAGCCGGGGACAGAUGCCGAUCGAGAUUGUGUGCAAAAUCAAAUUUGCAGAGGAGGAUGCGAAACCCAAGGAGAAGGAGGCAGGGGAUGAGCAGAGCCUCCUGGGGGCUGCACGGGGGGCAGCAGCCCCCCGGGACCUGGCCACCUUUGCCAGCACCAGCACUCUGCACGGGCUGGGCCGGGCCUGUGGCCCAGGCCCCCACGGACUGCGCAGAACCCUGUGGGCACUGGCCCUACUCACCUCGCUGGCUGCCUUUCUGUACCAGGCGGCCGGCCUGGCCCGGGGCUACCUGACCCGGCCUCACCUGGUGGCAAUGGACCCUGCUGCCCCAGCCCCCGUGGCGGGCUUCCCGGCUGUCACCCUCUGCAACAUCAACCGUUUCCGGCAUUCGGCACUCAGCGACGCCGACAUCUUCCACCUGGCCAAUCUGACAGGGCUGCCCCCCAAAGACCGGGACGGGCACCGUGCCGCCGGCCUGCGCUACCCGGAACCAGACAUGGUAGACAUCCUUAACCGCACUGGCCACCAGCUUGCCGACAUGCUCAAGAGCUGCAACUUCAGUGGGCACCACUGCUCCGCCAGCAACUUCUCUGUGGUCUAUACUCGCUAUGGGAAGUGUUACACUUUCAAUGCGGAUCCGCACAGCUCCCUUCCCAGCCGGGCGGGGGGCAUGGGCAGCGGCCUGGAGAUCAUGCUGGACAUCCAGCAGGAAGAGUACCUGCCCAUCUGGAGAGAGACAAAUGAGACGUCGUUUGAGGCCGGCAUCCGGGUGCAGAUCCACAGCCAGGAGGAGCCGCCCUACAUCCACCAGCUGGGCUUCGGCGUGUCCCCAGGCUUCCAGACCUUCGUGUCCUGCCAGGAACAGCGGUUGACCUAUCUGCCUCAGCCCUGGGGCAACUGCCGGGCGGAGAGCGGGCUCGGGGAGCCUGAGCUGCAGGGCUACUCGGCCUACAGUGUGUCUGCCUGCCGGCUGCGCUGCGAAAAGGAGGCCGUGCUUCAGCGCUGCCACUGCCGGAUGGUGCACAUGCCAGGCAAUGAGACCAUCUGCCCGCCAAAUAUCUACAUCGAGUGUGCUGACCACACACUGGACUCCCUGGGUGGGGGCUCCGAGGGCCCAUGUUUCUGCCCUACCCCCUGUAACCUGACCCGCUACGGGAAAGAAAUCUCCAUGGUCAGGAUCCCCAACAGGGGCUCAGCUCGCUACCUGGCAAGGAAGUACAACCGCAACGAGACCUACAUACGGGAGAACUUCCUGGUCCUAGAUGUCUUUUUUGAAGCCCUGACCUCUGAGGCCAUGGAGCAGCGAGCAGCCUAUGGCCUGUCAGCCCUUCUGGGAGACCUCGGGGGACAAAUGGGCCUGUUCAUCGGGGCCAGCAUCCUCACACUGCUGGAGAUCCUUGACUACAUCUAUGAGGUGUCCUGGGACCGACUGAAGCGAGUGUGGCGUCGUCCCAAGACCCCCCUGCGGACCUCCACUGGGGGCAUCUCCACCUUGGGGCUGCAGGAGCUGAAGGAGCAGAGUCCCUGCCCGAGCCAGGGCCGCGCUGAGGGUGGGGGAGCCAGCAGCCUGCUCCCCAACCACCACCACCCGCACGGCCCCCCAGGAGGCCUCUUUGAAGACUUCGCUUGCUAGGAUGGUGCUGUGUCUGAAAGGACCCAGAAGUCUGGGACUGCCCCCACUCCUGGAUCCCCAACAUAGACUCCUCUUGCUCCUGGGACCCGCCUGGGGCAGCCCAGGGCUGAGGGGGAGGGCGGUGCUCACUGGGAGGGAGGACUCAGCUCCUGCUCUCACCGACCCUGGGGCCAGCUGCCUUGCACAAGGGUCCUUCUUGUCCACACCCCCCAUCCCUGGGCUGGUGCCCAGGGAGGGCUGGAGACCAGACCAUGGGUCCCCGUGGAGGGGAGGGGAGGAAAGGAGAGAGGGAGGUGGAGGAAGGGGCCCACCCAGCAGGGGUGGAACCCGCUGUACAUUUGUAUAUAUUUAGGGAGGACAGGGUGGGGGUGGGCGUACAGAUGUAGAAGGUGGGUGGGGCUAUGGGGGAGGGUGAUUCAGGGACAGCCAGGAUCCCAGCCCUAGAAUGUCUGCAGGAGAGGGCAAGCCCCCAGGACUCCGGAGUGCUGGGCUUGGCCUACUUCCUGCCCCUUCCAGGCCCAGCUCCCCUUUUGGCAGGGGGAGUGGGUGGCCCAGCAGGCCUGGCCCAGCUCCCAGUUCCCCCUGCCCCCGCCCCUACCCCCAGAAUCCCCUCCACUGGGAGCAGGCUGACCUUUCAGACCUUGGCUGAGCUUGGGGGUGGGGAGGGGAGCCUUCUCAGGCCUCUCCCUCUCCCGUCUGGUUUUAUAAAGUGCUGACGAAAUUGGGAAUAAAGAGGCAUAAAGAAUUCUCUGUGUGGAUGUGUGACCAAGCUGGGAGCUGGGGCGGGGCUGGGCAUACGCCUGACUUGGUCCCCAGGCAAAGGAAAUCCAGGC